GAGGGUGGCUCAGGAGGCAGCGGGAGGGGAUGGUGUGUAUCGCGGAGGCGGUGGCCGCUCCGGCUCCUCCACCGCCCCCCGCCUUCGCUGUGGAUCUGACCAGGGCCCCCCGGCCCGCACAGAUAUGAGGCAUCUAUUAGCAAGCUAAAAUUGACUGAACCAUGGCUCAGUUUCCAACACCUUUUGGGGGCAACCUGGAUAUCUGGGCCAUAACUGUGGAAGAGAGAGCUAAACAUGAUCAGCAGUUCCAUAGUCUGAAACCAACAUCUGGAUUUAUCACUGGUGAUCAAGCUAGAAACUUUUUUUUCCAAUCUGGAUUACCUCAACCGGUGUUAGCACAAAUAUGGGCACUGGCUGACAUGAACAACGAUGGGAGGAUGGACCAGAUGGAGUUUUCUAUUGCUAUGAAACUUAUCAAACUAAAACUACAAGGUUAUCAGCUCCCCUCUGCACUCCCUUCUGCCAUGAAGCAGCCUCCCAUUGCUAUUCCUGGUGCACCAGGGUUUGGUAUUGGGGGCAUUGUCAGCAUGCCAUCUCUUACAGCUGUAGCCCCAGUACCAAUGGCGUCCAUUCCAGUAGUAGGAAUGUCUCCACCUUUAGUAUCUUCUGUUCAUACAGCAGCAGUGCCUCCCCUGGCUAAUGGAGCUCCUGCUGUUAUACAACCUCUGCCUGCUUUUGCUCAUCCUGCCACAUUGCCAAAGAGUUCUUCGUUUAGUAGAUCUGGACCUGGGUCACAGUUAAACGCUAAACUGCAAAAGGCACAAUCAUUUGAUGUGGCUAGUGUGCCUCCUGUAGCAGAAUGGGCUGUUCCUCAGUCAUCAAGACUGAAAUAUAGGCAGCUGUUCAAUAGCCAUGACAAAAUGAUGAGUGGACACUUAACAGGUCCACAAGCAAGAACUAUCCUUAUGCAAUCAAGUUUACCACAGGCUCAGUUGGCUACAAUAUGGAAUCUUUCGGAUAUUGACCAAGAUGGAAAACUUACAGCAGAAGAGUUUAUUCUGGCUAUGCACUUAAUUGAUGUGGCCAUGUCUGGACAACCAUUGCCACCUGUACUGCCUCCAGAAUAUAUUCCACCUUCAUUUAGAAGAGUACGCUCUGGCAGUGGCAUCUCUGUGAUAAGCUCAGUAUCUGUAGACCAAAGGUUGCCAGAAGAACCAGUGUUGGAAGAAGAACAGCAACAAUUGGAAAAGAAAUUGCCAGUUACGUUUGAAGAUAAAAAACGUGAGAACUUUGAACGUGGCAAUCUGGAGCUUGAAAAGCGGAGGCAGGCCCUUCUGGAGCAGCAGCGCAAAGAGCAAGAGCGGCUAGCACAACUGGAACGGGCAGAGCAGGAAAGGAAAGAACGCGAACGACAGGAGCAAGAACGUAAAAGACAACUGGAGCUAGAAAAGCAAUUAGAAAAACAACGCGAAUUGGAACGUCAGAGAGAAGAAGAAAGGCGGAAAGAAAUAGAAAGGCGUGAGGCUGCAAAAAGGGAACUUGAAAGGCAAAGACAACUUGAGUGGGAGCGUAAUCGUCGGCAAGAACUACUAAAUCAAAGGAACAAAGAACAAGAGGACAUAGUUGUGCUGAAGGCAAAGAAGAAGACUUUAGAAUUUGAGUUGGAAGCUCUAAAUGAUAAAAAACAUCAGCUGGAGGGAAAGCUUCAGGAUAUCAGGUGUCGAUUGUCUAUCCAAAGACAUGAAAUUGAGAGCACAAACAAAUCUAGAGAACUGAGAAUUGCAGAAAUUACACAUUUGCAACAGCAGUUACAGGAGUCGCAGCAGAUGCUUGGAAGGUUGAUUCCAGAAAAACAGUUACUCAAUGACCAACUGAAACAAGUUCAGCAGAACAGUUUGCACAGAGAUUCUCUUCUUACUAUCAAAAGAGCCUUAGAAGCCAAGGAAUUAGUACGCCAGCAGCUUCGAGACCAACUAGAUGAAGUAGAAAAAGAAACCAGAUCAAAACUUCAGGAGAUUGAUAUUUUCAAUAAUCAACUGAAGGAGCUGAGAGAGAUACAUAACAAGCAGCAGCUUCAGAAGCAAAAGAACUUAGAAGUUGAGAGGUUGAAACAGAAGGAGCAAGAGAGGAAGACGGUAGAACUGGAAAAGCAAAAAGAAACCCAAAGACGAAUCCAGGAAAGGGAUAAACAGUGGCUUGAUCGAGUGCAACAGGAGGAAGAGUACCAGCGGCAAAAAAAACUUCAGGAAGAAGAAAAGCCAAAAAGGGAAGAAAUAAUCAAGAAGACAGACAGUGAGGAUAAGGGCAAACAGGAAAUGCAAGAUAAACUGAAUAAGCUUUUCCAUCAACAUCAAGAGCCAGCCAAGCCAGCCAUCCAGGCGCCCUGGUCAAGUGCAGAAAAAGCUCCACUAACUAUUUCUGCUCAGGAGGAUGUAAAAAUAGUAUAUUAUCGGGCAUUGUAUCCUUUUGAAGCCAGAAGCCAUGAUGAAAUCACUAUUCAGCCAGGUGACAUAGUCAUGGUGGAUGAAAGCCAGACUGGAGAACCUGGGUGGCUUGGAGGAGAACUGAAGGGAAAGACUGGAUGGUUCCCUGCAAACUAUGCAGAGAAAAUACCUGACAACGAAGUUCCAACCUCUGUGAAACCAGUAGUUGACACUACUGUUGCACCUAAAGUUUCUUUGCGUGAAACACCCCCAACUCCAGCAGCUCCAGCUCCAACAGAAUCUACUGCAACCACCAACAACUGGGCUGACUUCAGUUCAACGUGGCCGACCAGCACUAGUGAGAAACCAGAGACUGAUAAUUGGGAUGCUUGGGCAGUUCAACCGUCUCUGACUGUUCCAAGUGCAGGGCAGGUGAGGCAGAGAUCAGCCUUCACCCCAGCCACUGUUACCGGAUCAUCGCCUUCUCCUGUCCUGGGGCAGGGUGAAAAAGUAGAGGGCCUUCAAGCACAGGCCUUGUAUCCUUGGAGAGCCAAAAAAGACAACCACCUCAAUUUUAACAAAAAUGAUAUCAUCACAGUUCUGGAACAGCAAGACAUGUGGUGGUUUGGAGAGGUCCAAGGUCAAAAGGGAUGGUUUCCCAAAUCAUAUGUGAAACUCAUUUCAGGCCCCAUAAGAAAGUCGACAAGCAUGGAUUCUGGUUCUUCAGAAAGUCCUGCUAGUCUAAAGAGAGUAACAUCACCAGCAACUAAACCGUCUAUGUCAGGCGAAGAAUAUAUUGCCAUGUACACAUAUGAGAGUUCGGAACAAGGAGACUUAAUCUUUCAACAAGGAGAUAUGAUUCUUGUGACAAAAAAAGAUGGUGACUGGUGGACAGGAACAUUGGGUGACAAAUCUGGAGUCUUUCCUUCUAAUUAUGUGAGACUGAAAGAUUCUGAGGUCCCUGGAACUGCUGGAAAAACAGGAAGUUUAGGGAAGAAACCUGAAAUUGCCCAAGUUAUUGCCUCUUACACAGCAACAGGACCUGAACAACUUACCCUGGCUCCUGGUCAACUGAUACUCAUCAGAAAGAAGAAUCCAGGUGGAUGGUGGGAGGGAGAGCUCCAAGCACGAGGGAAAAAACGACAGAUAGGAUGGUUCCCUGCUAACUAUGUAAAACUUUUAAGUCCUGGUACCAGUAAAACUACACCAACCGAGCCACCUAAAUCAACAGUAUUACCUUCUGUGUGCCAAGUAAUUGGCAUGUAUGACUACACUGCACAGAAUGACGAUGAACUGGCAUUCAACAAAGGCCAGAUCAUAAACGUCCUGAACAAGGACGACCCAGAUUGGUGGAAAGGAGAAGUGAAUGGACAAGUGGGUCUCUUCCCAUCCAACUAUGUGAAACUGACGACAGAUAUGGACCCAAGCCAGCAAUGAAUCAUAUGUUGUCCAUCCCCCACUCAGGCUUGAAAGUCCUCAAAGAGACCCACUAUCCCAUAUCACUGCCCAGAGGGAUGAUGGGAGAUGCAGCCUUGAUCAUGUGACUUCCAGCAUGAUCAUCUACUGCCUUCUGAGUAGAAGAACACACUGCAGAGCAGUUUACCUCAUUUUACAUUAGUUGCAUGUAAUCGCAAUGUUUGAGUUAAUUAUCUACAGAUAUAGAAGCAAAAUUACAAAAAAAAAGAAAAAAAAAUACACAGGAUAGUGGGUCCUUUUGUGGCUUUCAUAGUUACCAAACUAAUUUUUUCCACCUUUGCACAGGUGCUUUCAGUAGUUUUACAAAUAAUUUUAAAUGUGUAUUUUAGCCUUUUAAAGGAAAAGAAUAAAUAAAAUUUCUGCAAUGCAAUUUUGUUCUUGCAAAAAGACCCACUAUCAAGGAAUGCUGCAUGUGCUAUUAAAAUUGUUCCAAAUGUCCAUAAAUCUGAGAUUUUAUGUAUCUUUUUUUAUUUUUCACUUGUCCAGUGUUAUCAAUGUCUUGUUUUUUUCUAUUACAAAAGAACAGAAGGAGUUAAAUCAGUUUAAAGAACUUUAACACAUGCCCAAUUGGUAUUUUGUUCCAGUUCUUAUACUGUUUGUAUCAGGUGUUCCUUGUUGAGUGUGUAAUACAUUGUGGACAGAAGAAAUUAAUUUCCUUCCAAUGCAAGAGAUACUAUCCUUGCAUAAUGCUGUAAUCCUUAUUGCAUUAAUUUUAUUUUGCACGGUUAUUUGUAGCUACAGUAAGAAAGCAUCUUUGUUUUGUUUGUCUCAGAUUUGUGUGGUUUUUGCAUUUUCAUAUCUGAAAUCAGUAGAAUACUACAUUCAUGUGGUCUUUGAGAAUUAACAUGACUUUUUUUUUUUUUUUUCAACCUGUUACAUGAAGUUUUAUUACCAUUGUUACUUUUACAUGACUAUGGAACAUCAUCUUUUGAACAAGUAAUUAUCUUGACAAGAAAGAAUGUAUAGAAAUAUCUCCCUGCAAUUAAUUUCCAAUGUUUACAUUUUUUAACUAGACUGUGGAAUUUAUACAAAUUAAUAUUAAAUGGAGCUUACAGUCAAGUUUAUGUAGUAGAUGUGCUGUAGCCUAAGCCAUGUUUGUCUUUCAAACAUUAGUUAUAAGCUCUUAAUGAAAUGCCUGGUGCUCUCUGCACCCGGGGGGAAAAGAACCAUGCCUCAAGCACAAUAUAGCCGUUCUACUAAUGACUUUAACAUUUAGUCAUGUUCUGUUCAUGUAUUUCUAAAUUUCAUGCUGGCGGUGUCGUAGAGUUCCUUCCUUACCCCUCCCCCCUUUUCAUGUGGUGCAAAGAACAAGUGAAGCUCCUUAUUCAAUUGCACUUCAGUAUUUUCAUUGAUAUGAAUGUAAAAUAUAUAAAUAUAUAAAACCUGCAGCUUUAACAACUGUAAUACAGCCUUUACAAUUAGUCACAUGUAUAGAUAAUUAAAUUCUUCGUAUAAAAAGCUA